GGUAUUUACGAUGUUGACGGCACCCAGGACCAGCCUAAGACGCCCAGUAGGAACCCUCGUGGCGUUCCUGGUAACCCUCGCUGCCUGUUCACACUACGCUCCUUACAAGUCUUGUAACCAGCCCCUCGACCUCAUCUUUGUUUUCGACAACAAGUCGUGCAUCACGAUGGCUCGUGACGUCAUUGUUCACUACAAGUCCUUGCUCACCCCGGAAACGAAACUUCGCUUCGGCGUUGCUUACUGCAUGAAAAACCAAGUGGAACAUACAGGUCCCGACUCUGAGUUGUCCCACCUGCUGAUGACGACAGAAAACCUGCAACACGCUAGCGGGGUGGAGCCUAUAGGUACACACGACUCCAUCCAUCUGCCGGACGGGGCGGGGUAUCGGGCAGAGAACACGCCCUAUCCUGUGUUUGAGGUCACGGACAUCAGGUCAUCGGCGGGCUCCUGUCUCAAGACGGUGUGUGCCACCCAUAGAUUUACACUUCUAGGCAUUUUCUUCAAAACAUUGAUCUGGAUUUAA